GUUGAUUGAUUUAAUAGUGUGCAACACCCACACCUAGACUGGCUAGAGUAUUCUCUCACAAGUCUUAAUACCAUAUAUCAUAUCAUAAAGCCUUUAAAAGAAAAAAAGAAAAGAAAAAUACCCAUAAAGCAUAAUAACUCCUUCCCUAAUAUGCAUACUUCCUAGCUUUUAAUAAAAAAUAAAAAAACCAAACCACAAUUGAGUUGUAAUUGAGUACUGAAGGCCACAUUCCACGGCCAUGGACUUCCGCAACUCACCUUCUUCCUCCACCACUUCUUCCACAACCACCACACCUAACCCCGCCAUCACUACUGCCACCGGCACCGGCCCCGCCUCUUCCGACGACCCUAUGCACUCGUGGUGGGAGUCAAUCUCCAAAGCUCGUUCUCGCAUCCACUCUCUCUCUUCAAUUCUCGACCCCACCUCCACCUCCUCCUCAUUCUCUCUCUCCUCUCUCGCCGAUUCCGACCGCCCUGCUCUCUCACUCCUUUCUUCCAUCGACGCUUACCUUGCUAUCUCGGCAGCCCUCUCUUCGCCUCUCUCCGGUUCCGGCUCUGACCCUCUCUGUCACUGGCUAUACGACACGUAUCUGUCGUCUGAUCCCCAUCUACGACUUGUUGUCUUCUCCUUCAUUCCUCUCCUCUCCGGCCUCUACCUCUCUCGGAUCCACUCUCUCUCAUCCGAUUCGCCUUCUAUCCCUUCUCUUGCAGGAUUCGAGGCCGUACUUCUUGCUCUCUACGCUGCCGAGACCAAGGUCCGGGCUGGGAAGCCCGUCUUAGUUUCGGUCCCGGACUUAUCUCAGCCGUCGCUUUAUCACACGCCUCGGCAGAAGCCCAAUUCGAACCCUGGUAGUGGUCACACCAGGAACUCGAUUGGUGUUCUGGCUCCACCACUGGAGCCCCAGGUAGCGGUCAAGUCAACGAAGAGGGCUGGCAUUGUUGGUGUCGCCCUUGAUUGUUAUUACAAGCAGAUCUCGCAGAUGCCGGCUUGGUCUAAACUCGAUUUCUGCCGAUUCUCCGCGGCUUGGGCCGGCCGCGACUGCUCUUGUCAGGAGCAGUUUGACGAUGAACCUGAAAUUACUGGGUUUUCUGAGACUAGGGUUUCGGAGAAUGGGUUUCGAAUUGACGAUGUAACGGAAGAGAUCAGUCAAUUGAGGAUCGAGAACGGUAACGGUAACGGUAACGGUCAUAGUUAUAGUAAUGGCAAUGGCGUUGGUAGCAGUAGCAACAGCAGUAAUGGUGAUUUGGGUUCUAAAGGGUCGAGAAUUCCGCUUCCAUGGGAACUUUUCCAGCCGGCGUUGAGGAUUUUGGGACAUUGUUUGUUGGCGCCAUUGAAUUCCCAAGAUGUUAAAGAUGAAGCUGCAUUUGCAGUUCGGCGAUUGUACGCAAGGGCAUCUCAUGAUUUGCUUCCUCAGGCUAUCUUGGCAACCCGAAGCCUCAUUCAGCUCGAUAAGAGGGCUCGAGCUGAUGCCAAGGCGGCUGCAGCCGCCACCAAUUCGUCUUCUAACGCUAACACUCCUAGCAAGGCUAGGAAACCCGAAGUUCUUUUGGUCUCAAAGUGAUUGAUUGGUUGGUUGGUUUAUUCAGAACAGAGAAGAUGUUUGCUUUUUCAGGGAUUCAAGUAUAUAAUGUGUACCUCUCAUUGUGGGGAAGUUCUUAUUAUAUAAUAAGAAAUUAAUGGGUGAUACAUGGAUACUUGAAGUAUACACACAAGAUAAAGCCUCACAAUUAGUGUAUCUUCUUUAGGUCUGUAAUAUUUAAGAAUAUAAUUUGUUCAGUUUUUGGAGUUUUAGCUGUUUAACUCUCAUGGUAAGAUAUUGGUUGAGUGAUUUGGUGUUCUUAUUCUAUAGUUAGGAAAAAUGGGUGUUUUAUUGCUUCUUGAACUGUUUACUAAGAAGAAAGCAUUCUAGUUUUUGCUUCUUAAGUCAGAGAUGUGUAAGCUUUAUAGAUUAUCAUGGCCUCUGCUCAAGGAUCACACACACAAAUUGAGAAAUUAUUUGAGUUUUAGUCCAAGUUUAACUGAUGCUUAGAGGCUUAGUAAUCUGUUGUUACUUGACUACAAGUUAGGUUGCAUUGAAAGUGCAUAAGCCAUUGCAAUAGCUUCCAGUUUCCCUCUAACAUGCACUUUUGGUUCUUUAGAGUUUCCUACUGAAUCCUGAUGUACAUUACAUUUCGCCGAUAAUACUAGUGCAGCCUCUCUUGAAUGCAGCUGAUGGCUCGAUGUUCGCCGAUAAUUGGUUUGAUGGAAGGAACUGCUACCUUACUUGGUGGGCUUUCUCUUUUCUACAUUACAUAAUUAUUUUCCUGUUUGUUUUCCUUAUAUUCUUAUGUUUGGAGUAAGUAUUCAAAAUCAAUAGGUCAUUUGUAUGAUUAUGUGAAGAUUUCACAAGGACUAAAAACAAGAGUGAAGCCCAUUUCUUCUGUUAGCUAUAAGUGAACUUUUCUGAUAGAUGAGGCAUUUCUAGGAUUUGUAUAUAUGUAGAAUAAAAUUUUAAGAUGAGAAGUUUGUUAAUCUGGUUGCAUGAGAUUUAGGAUUUAAAAUUCUGUUUCUUUCA